UCUUUCUUUCCCUUUCUUGUUUUUUUUUUGUGUGUCAGUGCAUACACCAUCCAUCAGCAGGUUCUUUUUUGGCACAGUCAGGGAUCGUAGUGUAGAAGAAGGGCAGGGACAGUCACCGUUAGUUUAGUUGGGCAUGACGUCAUUCAGCCGAUAUGAUGGCCGUUGCUAUAGAGUCCCAUCGAAAUGGGCGAGUUGUUGGUGUUAGAUUCUCUCUCUCUCUCUCUCAUUGGUACCUGUUAGCACAUUUCCACUUGAAUCCUGGCGGCUGUCCAAGAAAACUCGAUUAGAUUUCGAUAUGCGAUGGAGAUGGAAGGUUAAAAAAAAAAAAGGGUUUUAUUCCAGGUUGUUGUGGUCAGCUAAGGCAUGUGUGUAGCGUGUGGUUGAAAUUAACAAGGCGACGGGAGAAUGAAAAACGAAAAAAGGGGCAGCCAGAAAAAUAUCAAAGUACGAGUUUCAUUGCCACCGCCUCCAUUGCCAAAGGCUGCCUGUGCGACUGGGAAAACGUCAGAACAGCUUGGGGAGCUCCGACCAAGUGCUGUUGCUCCGUGUUUUUUUUCUGCUUUGGACCCGCAGUUGGUUCGGCGAUUUCAUUCCAAGUGGACGUGCUUUUUUUACCCUCCUCUCAGACGCGACCAACUCACCAUCCACGAGUCAUCGAUUGUUUUUGUUUUUUACUGGCCCGAACAAGCAACAACAAGAAAUCCUGAUAACUAAUAGGAUUUGUUGCGUGGGGAGGUUGGUCAAAACGCACGCACUUUGAUGGGUUGUUGUUCGUGUUGAAGAAAAGGGUGCUUGAAAGGGGGGGAUCCACCCAUCUCAAGUGUCUCCGUACCAAGUUUAGUUCUCGCCGUAACAACAUCCACGGUAGGGUUGAAGAAACCUGAACUGGAUAGGAUUACGCACUCUGAACGCAGUUCGUGCUGUUCUUUUUUUUUUUAUCGAGUAGCUGUCACCUCCCCCCCCCCCAUUCCGAUCGAACUAAAAAAAAACAAAGGGGUGACGAAAUUUAAGAUCAAAGAAAACCACAAAAAUGAGCGUCGGGGUAGGAAUGGGACUAGGACGGGGUCAUGUGACACUGGGUCACAAUGUUAACCUAAUCAGUAGCAAGACAACCAGUUCUGCAAGCGAUCGAAACGAUGGCCUGGAUGGCAUGAUUGAACACGACCAAAUCAGUCCCACCUGGUCGGUGCAGUGUUGGGACACGUUGGGCGAUCAAGUCGAUCAUUUGAUCCUGUUGCCCGAACGCGCUUUAACGAUGGAUUCGGGUUGGUUGCAAGCGGAUUUGGCCGAGAUUCUGGCUCACUCGGUCAUAGGUCACGGCAGGGGAGACAGUAGAGACUAUUCCCUGACCCCCUUCUUGUCCCACCCACACGAGCGCUCCUCAUUGUCUCAUGACGCCUCCGAUAGUUGGCUAGCUCACAGCAGGAGACGCUCUUUAGACUGGAGCUCGGUCAAUCCUUCAAGCCAACCACAAUCUCCUUUUGUUGCUAUAGCCACAUCACCCGACCCAGGGCAGGAAAGCUGUUCUGCAACAGCCGCAGCAGCAGCAGCGUCGGCUGUCCAGCGGGAGGAGCGCUCCAAAGUGUUGAGAGAGCGACAGAACGAGGAGCGCCAGCGCAAGUUGGAGGAGCUGAAACAACAAGCGUUGGCAACGCAAAAGUUUCGUGAACAACAAGAAGAAGAACGCCGCCGACGAAUGGAAGAGCAGCGCCUACGCGACCUGGAGCGCCGCACCCAGGUCGAGGAGCGCAAAAAGGCCAUCCUGGAAGCGGAACGCGAACGACGGGAGGCCAUGCUACGGCGCAGUGAAGAUCGUGGCAUCCGGCAGGAGACGAAACGCCGCAACGAACGCGGAUCCAUCGCCUUUGCCUUUGGCAGCUCAACGCCGAGGAUGCUGGAGCCGGUAGACAGCUGCUCAAGUUAUUGGGGCUCGAGAAGGGCCACGUCAACCACCAAUGUCAUGUCGGCCUCCAGUCAUGGACGCGUCAUGCUGAAUGAGACAACCGCGCCCAACGGUGGUGGGAACAACAACAAACUCCGGGCCUCUUCAGUCUUUGGACUCGAUCAGAAUCAAGAUGACGAAAGCGACCGCGGGCAACGGCGAAUGAGUCAAGAAGUUGAAUGGGAAAAUAGCCGUCGGGCGUCAGAAGUGAUGACGUCGUCGUCAGUGAGGAAAACUAGCGUUGGCGACACGAUUUCGGCUUUUGGCCAACAACGCCAGCCUCCCGAGGUCUACCACCCGUCGAUCCACCGCCACAACAAUAGGUGGUCGGCUGGUCGACCUCAUACGAGCUCACUCUUUGGUGCUGGAUGUUUCUUUUUAGGCGAUGAUUUGAUGACGCAAUCGACUUCAGCCGUUCAGGGUGGACGAAGGAAGAGGACCGACUUGAUCCCAACGAUCCCAAUCCACCGAGGGGAAGGUGACAGAUCACCACGUUCGCCGCUGUACGGCUCGUCGUCGGGCGCCUCGUCCAGCCGGGGAUCCGUCAAUCGCUCAACAGGUAUGUCGGUCUCGUUGUCGCGACUGGACCAACUGUCGCAGCCGCGUCGUCGACUUUCGCAAAAUCAAUUGCCCUCGCCCUCCACCGCCCCCCUCCAGCCCUUGCACGAAACUGAAAGCCCCCAACAUCCACCAACUACACAAUUAGUCUCCUCCUCCUCCUCCUCCUGCUCUAACAAAUCGGCCACCACCACUACCCGGUCGUCUCGACCCGCAACCCGAAUGCACCCGUCAUCGUCGUCUUCUGCCGGAACGAUUGCAGCACGCAGCAAUCGCAGCAUGUCUAAAAGCAUGUCUCAUUUGGCUCCUGGCCGCCCUUCUCCUUCCAAAGAAAGCGCUUCGUCCGCAACCGACAGAUCGACUACUCCUCACACACCUCGUAAUGGUGCGACAACGACGACGACACGAGCUGAACGAUUGCGCCAAAAAGCGCGUCAGCACGCACCGUCGCAACGCCCUCAUCAUGGUCUUCGCAGUGGAGAUAUAACACCAUCGUCACCGACGAGGCCGUUGAGUGCCUUGAGUCAAGUCAGCAGCGUCAGCACGACCGUGGCCAGCAGUACUGCCAGCGUCAGUGGACACGUCCGAGCACGUACCGCUCCGGCCGGAGGCAGAAAACCGCGUCCAGUGAGCAUAGCCGGAACGGGCAUGUCGCUAAGCGAAGCAGCUCGAGCUUCUCGUGCGUCGCGUGAAAACAUCAACAGCCGCGAGCGCAGUAAAGAAACUAAAGAGAAGGAGAACGAGCGAACUCGACAGACGCAACCGACACCGACAAAUGCAACGCCACGUCCGGCCAGAGCGCGAAGCGCCGACAUGCGUAAAGACAACAAUAACGCCACGCAACAACAGCAAAACAAGAGUCCCGAAGGUAGUGCUCAAUCGCAACAGCAGCCGAGCAACGCCAAACGGCCAAGCCGAGACGCCAGGAAUGCGACGUCGUCGGCCAAAGAUGCUAAAACACCUGUCAAGGCUUCGCUAGUAGAGUCCGCUAAAAGCGCCAAAGGAGCCAAGACGGAUGAUGGGGCGAACAAGUCUAACAAAGCGGCUGCGGCAGCAUCUAAGAAGGCAGACGACGAUGCGGUCAAACCGGAACUGUUGCAGGUGCCACAGGUGCAAGUCAUGGUUUCAGCAGCCGAUGUUCAACUUCAAGAGUCGAAUGAGGCCGAUGUCAAAGUGGAUGAAAGCGAUCGUUCCACGGCUGUUGAUGUUCUACCGGUAGUCGCUGUCGAACCGGAUUUAGUUUCAAUGACGGAGUCCGUGUCCGGAGAUUCACAGGAUGUUGAGAUUCCGCAAAUAAUCAACGACGUUGUCGCUGCGCCGUCGGAAAUGUCGCAUAAUGAAGGACAGGUGUCGGCCGAUUCGAUUCCGUCCGGGUCGACUACACCAUCGGAGACGGGCUCCAUUUCGAGCGAUUCGAUGCCGUCGUCGUUGCAAUCGCUUCAAUCGCGUAAGAUCAUUUCGUCGGAAGAGGAAGCCAAAGCGGCCCUGGCCGAAAAGCGACGUCUGGCCCGCGAGCAGAUGGAACGCGAAGCCGAACGCGAACGCCUUAGAGCCGAAGAGGAACGUCUCAAGGAAGAAGAGCGGCAGAGACAGGAAGAACUGGAGCAAAAACUAGCCGAAGAGGAAAUGAAUCGCAUGGCGCUGGAAGCCCGUCAAGCGGAAGAAGAACGCCUUCAAAAAGCUAUCGAGGAAACCCAGCGCCGUGAAGAAGAGGAGCGCCUCCGCCGGGAGGAGGAAGCUCGCCAGCGUGUCGAAAAGGAACAACAGGAUCGUAAAGCUCGCGAGGAAGCGGAAAAGCUGCGCAAAGAGAACGAGGAGCGUUUGCGUCGCGAGGAAGAAGAGCGGCAAGAGAGGCGAAAGCGGGUCGAAGCCAUAAUGGCGCGGACGCGGGGCAAGAGCAGCGGUCCAGGAUCGAGCAACAACAAAGGCGGCAAUGAGCUCAAUAAUACGGUGAGCAGUGUCCAGUCAACUAGCGACGUGACCAACGUCAGCGUCAUUAACAACAGCAUCAGCCAACCCGAUCUGUUGGGCGAUAUUGUAAAUAAAACAAGCAAUGGCUCAAACGGCGACGACAGCAACAAACAGUUAUCCUUGUCGGCAGACGACGAUUCGCUGAUGGACGAUGACACGACUAAGAAGAACAAUGGCUUCCAUCACCAUCACAAGAAUCAGCAUAUCGACGAGACCGAUUUCUCCUCCUCCCUAGCCAGCACCACCACCACCAGUGAUUUACCCGACAUCUCGAACGUCACCGCCAACGCUGACAGCGUCAACUCGAAUGCCAGUACCAACAACAUAACCGCCGAAGUCGAGCACGUCGAAUUUUUAGCUUGAAAAGUUGACUUUCGACUAUGUAUUUUUCCCUCUUCCUUUUUCUUUUUCUUUUUUUUUUUUUUUUUAUUUUUAAAAACGUCGUUUAUCCAUUUUCUUAAUAUCUUGGUAGACAAAGAAUGAAAGAGAGGGGCUCAGCGCGCUGAGAUUCAGACGGAUCCAAUCACGGCCAUUGUUUUCCUUCAUUUUCUUUUAAAAUAAAAAGAAUUUAUUUAAACGUGAAGAAAAAUCAAAUGUAGAUGAAACGCUCUUCCUCGCUCUGAAUAAGUCUCUCAUUUGUUUUUUGUUUGUUUUUUUCAAUUGGUAACCAAUCAAUUUCUUUUUCUUUCUUUCUUUCUUUUUAAUUAUUAUUGUAUUCCAACAUUUUUGGCCGCGGGCUUUAUUAGCAAAUGAGAAGUUUUUCUUCACGAGGAAGAUUGUGUGCUGAAAAGAGUUGCAGCUGAUUAACUAUUUUCUUCUUUUCCCCUGCGAUCGCGGUCGAUGAGUUUUUAACUAUUUUCAUAAACAUCUGCAUGUCUAUGUUCCGACGAAACUUUUCCCUUACCCUCCUAUCAACUGCCUCCUUUCUGAGAUGUUUAAAGACAUCCUUGAUUCGAUUCUUAUAUACUUUCGAAAUGUAUUUUUCGUCCCUUUAGGUUUCCCCCGCUUUGUCCAUGUUUCUCCUUGCCCUUCCUAGAAGAACCUAUAUACCUUUCAAUGUGUAACAAUGAAGGUGUGUCCGCCCGUCUUACCCCACUCCAUCCCCUUUCUCGUGCGUGUAUCGAGUGCGUAUUUUUUUUUUAUUUUUUUUUUUUUCAUUCAUUUUUUUUUUGUCGACAGGAUUGAAAAGUUUGGAAGUUGUGAUGAGGGGAGAAGUGUCUUUAGAACUUUAAAAAGAUAAAAUAAAACAGGAAACGAGUUCCAAGAAUGAAUUAAUGUGUACAACCUCUUCAAACUCGUUUUUCUCCGGCGUGUUGGAGUAAAAAAUGAAUAAACUCUUGUAAUCUCAA